UUUUAUAACACCGCGUACGCCAUUUUGAAAACUGAGUCGCACGCAAAACGUUGUAUAUGUUGUGAAAAAGCGGCUUUUGCAUGCUUUAAAAAACACAACAUUCUGAUUUCAAGACACCAAGAAACCAUCGAUAAUGGCGGAAUACUUAGCAUCAAUUUUUGGUACAGAGAAAGACAAAGUAAAUUGUUCAUUUUAUUUCAAAAUCGGUGCCUGCCGACAUGGUGAUCGAUGUUCACGUAUUCAUAACAAGCCAACUUUCAGUCAGACAUGUUUGUUACAGAAUCUUUAUGUAAAUCCGCAGAAUUCUGCGAAAAGUGCAGAUGGAUCUCAUUUGGUUGCCAAUGUAUCUGAUGAAGAAAUGCAAGAACAUUAUGACAAUUUCUUUGAAGACGUUUUUGUUGAAUGUGAGGACAAAUAUGGUGAAAUAGAAGAAAUGAAUGUUUGUGACAACCUAGGAGAUCACUUGGUUGGAAAUGUCUACAUUAAGUUUCGAAGGGAAGAAGAUGCGGAACGAGCUGUAAACGAUUUAAAUAACAGAUGGUUUGGUGGAAGACCAGUUUAUGCUGAACUUUCACCAGUUACCGACUUUAGAGAAGCUUGUUGUCGUCAGUAUGAAAUGGGAGAAUGUACGCGUUCCGGGUUCUGUAACUUUAUGCACUUGAAACCAAUUUCUCGAGAAUUACGACGCUACUUGUAUAGCCGUAAAAAGGGUGGCAAGGGACGAUCGAGAUCACGAUCACGGUCUCGCGGUCGCGAUCGCAAGAGAAGAUCACGAUCCCGUGAUAGGAGAUCUAGAUCUAAAGAUCGUCGAAAAGGUAGAGAUGAUAAGGGCAGAGAUGGACGGUCUGGGAGGUAUUAACUAUAAUUUCCAUUGUAAUAAUUCCUGAUAGAAGGAUCUAAAUCGAGCUAUUAUCCUUUUGACUACCUUGUCAAAGAAAGUGUACUUGACAGUACAUUUUUUAAUUUUCAUUUACUAAUCGUCUAAAAAAACUGAUAACAUUUAGUUUCUUCACUUAAGCAUUACUAAGUUGUAUAAAACAGAUAAAACGAAAAAUAAGAUGUGUACUUUUCUAUAAAGAAAUAAAAUUUAAUGCACACAUGCUUGAGUUUUAAAUAUUAUAGUUCAAGUAUUUAGUAGCGUAAAAUUAUUUACUUUACGAUUGUUUUAGAAUUAAAAGUAACGAAUGCCGCUACUGUUUGGAUGUUACACAUUGACAUCAGUAGAAACAAUUUUCCUUUACUUUCGAUUAAACUAAACAAAUUACCAUAUAACUAUAAGUAGAUAUAAAUAAACUUAAAAUUCUUAUACUUUUUAAUUUUCUGUGCAUUAUAUAUGGACAUUGUGACUGUAUAAAGUUAUCACAGUAUAAAAGAAAUUUUGCAUGUGUAAUAACAAAAAUAAAAACAACUGGAAAAUUA